CACCAGGGAGAUAAAAGAACAAGAACAGCUUCCGGUGUUACGUUCGCAGCAUCAUAACAGAAAAGCAGAGGAAUUAGCAGCAUGCUAGCUGCGCUAACAGGAGGGUUCGGGUUCUAGAAGUUUAUCUGGCUCGGCUCGGGCGUUCAGAACCGGAACAUGACGGCUCGUCCUGCUUGUUGUGCCGGCGGUCUGGACCAGAAGGUUCUGCAGUAUGAAGCUUUCAUCAGCGACGUGCUGAGGAGAGACCUGCGGGCGGUGCUGGAGCAGAGGGAUCGUCUCUAUGAGAAGAUGUCUCACUACCUGCAGCUGAAGAACGCCAUCCAGACUCUGGAGGUAGCUGCACAGAUCCUCCAUCAGGACAGAGUUCGGGUCUCUGACAUCACUGUGACAUCACGCUGUGUCCUGCAGGAGGCGGGGCCUCAGCGCCUGAAGGCAGACGUGGAUCUGGGCUGCAGCUUCUUCGUUCAGGCCCGAGUGGACAAUCCGUCCAGGAUUCUGGUGUUGGUCGGGUUCGGGUUCUUCGUGGAGAUGAGCCACCAGGAGGCGCUGCGCUUCAUCGACAAGAAGACCAAUCAGCUGACACUCUUCAUUGAGCAGCUCACCAAGGACGUCGCCAAAAUAAAAGCCCAUAUUCGCAUGGUGCUGGAGGGUCUGCGGGAGCUGCAGGGGCUGGAGGAGCUUCCUGCCGUCUGCAGGAAGUCUGCUGCUGCUGCUCAGCUCUGAUUGGACGAUAAGGAGGAAGAGGAUGAGGAAAUGAUCUUCAAACUGGACACACAGUGGAACCAACUUCUCAGAUGUGAAUGGAAACAUUGAUGACAUCUACUUCCUGUUGCUGCUCAAACAGGAAGUCCUCCAUAUCACUAGGACCUUUCAAAAUAAAAUGUCAGGAAGUGGCUUUGUCUGUUGAACAGAGAAGCAGCUGAACUGAAGCUGAAGAAACAAACAUGAACA